GUAGUUGUCGAAAGAAAGGUGUUGAAUGGUUGUCUGUGACGUAACCAUAAGGUAUAUUGUAAUUAAUUCCAUUGUUACGUCAACAUAGAAUCAUUGUUAAUAGAGUUUGUCACUUAAUAUGGACGAUAGCAAAUUAUGCGAUUCCCUUGUAACGUGGGCGUUGACGUUCGAUGUGAAAAUCCAACACAACAAUUACCUCGACUUCAUAGAUGGUGUUGUGAUGUCACAGAUACUUCAUCUAUUAGAUCCCGAAUAUUUCAACACUGAAUGGUUGGCGAGGAUCAAACAUGAUGUUGGAGAUAAUUAUCGAUUGAAAACAAACAAUCUAAGAAAAGUUUUGAACCAGAUGAUGUCAUACUUUCGAGAUGGUCUUGGAAACGUAUUUGUUGGAUUUGAAAUCCCGGAUGUUUCGGCCAUCAGUGAAAUGUCCGAUAAAAAUCAACUCGGUCGAAUGUUGCAACUUAUGUUGGGGGUUGCCGUUAACUGCCCAACUAAACAAAAUCGCAUUGAGCAGAUUAUGCAACUUGACGAGAACGUUCAACACGUUGUCAUGACAGCCAUCCAAGAAUUGAUGAGUCAUAAUCAACCUUGUAGUGAGGAUGACUCAGCAAAUAGUGACGAGAUGACUCAGCAAAUAAAGUUGAUUGAAACAAAACUAAACGAUGCAAUCGCGGAGAAAGAUGAAAUGGCUCAAAGAUGUCACGAGUUAGACAUGCAGGUGGCGAUGUUACACGAGGAGAAAGCCAACAUCCAGCAAGAAAAUCUUCAACUUCACGAACGACUGAAUGAGACAGAAAACCUUGAUGACCCGAGUUCCCCGGCUGCUAUUCGACAUUCACAGAUGAUGGGACAGAUUGAAGCUUUGCAGGAGGAAACUUACAGACUUGAAUCUGGUCGCGAUGAUUUUAAAUUACGCUGCGAAGUUUUGGAACAAGAAAUCGCUGACUCACAAUCAAAGGUUGAAGAAUUAUCCACUCUUGCCGAAGAAUCGAGGUUAUUGAAAGAUGAAAUCGAUUAUCUUCGUUCUGCCUCGGAUAAAGCAACCAAACUUGAAUCGACGAUCGAGAAUUAUAAAACGAAGUUGGAGGAGCUAGGUGAUCUCAGAUCUCAGGUGAAGAUACUGGAGGACAAGAACACGUCGUACAUGGAACAAACGCUAAGUUUGGAAGAAGAAUUAAAGAAAGCAAAUAUGACGCGGACACAACUGGAGGCACAUAAACGACAAGUAAUCGAUCUCCACAACAAACUAACGGAGGAAACUCGACGAGCCGACAAAGCUGAGUUUGAAAGUAAAUCAAGAAACGAGAAACUUAAGAAUUUGGAAUCAGAGAAACAGCGAUUGUUAGCGGAACGCGACUCGCUGAGAGAAACAAAUGAUGAACUUCAACUAACCGCCCACCAGAGGGCACCUGGGUUCAUGAGCGAACAAUUGCUUGGGGAGGGCGACCCGAUGAACCUUGAAGCAAAAGAGCGAAUGAUUCGUCUUCAACACGAAAACAAAAUGUUGAAACUGAAACAAUCCGAUGCUGGGGAGGAAAAAAUUAACUCGCUCUCUACUGACCUCGAGUUAGCGAAUCAACGUAUUAACGAACUUGAGACUGAAAACAGAGUGAGCAAUAUGAAAAUCCUCGAACUUGGGGACCAGGUCCGCAACUUACGAUCGGAACUCGAUAAUAAAGAUGCGGAUUCCGAUGAUAACUUGGCCCUACGUCAAAAACUGUCGGAACAUUUGGAAUGCAAAUGCAUCGAAAAGCGGUCGACGAGCGACUCUCUCACACCACCCCUGGUCAAUCUUUUCUAGCACGGCAGCGACAAGUGUCGAGCGCUCGACGUGCACACCCGGGCUCUGUACAAAGCUACCUCACAACUGCAUAAUGAUGUCAUAAUCAUCGACAAAGAAGAUCUCGUAACUAAUCAAGCGUAACAGUCAUAUUUUAUUUCUAUGUUUUGUUGUCAAUUUAUGUUCGCAUGUUUUAUUUUCGCUCGACCAGGAAAGAAAUCGACUCACAACGCCACCAUGUGACAGAAACUCUUGCCAGUUGGACGUACAUGUGAUGUCAUACACGUGAUUGUGAUGUCAUACUCCGUUAUUUUCAGUUUUAAACUUCCGAAUUAUAAUUGCUGCCAAAACUACAGGGAGGAAAUGGAAACUCUUUUGUCUCACGUCUCAUUCAUUGUAUGAUGACGUCAUCGAGUAGUGACGUCACUAAGAAACACAGAAAUCAUCUAUUUAUUCUCUAUGCAGUUGCAUGUUUGUUGAACAUUAUGACGUAACAAUGUUUGGUAUGACGUGUUGUGAAGCUUGCAUUCCAGUAUUUUCACAUUAUUCGAAAUAUUUUGUUUAAAUUAUUUCGUCCCCAGAGAUGUUCGUUUCACCCCGCCCACACGAGGAAACAAUACGUACAUAACCUGGUGGUGAUAAGGACAAUCUUGUAAAUAAUUUGUAUAAAAUAUAUGUCCAUCGUAUUUUAUUGCUUGGUACAAAUUUUAACAAACUUAUAUUUUUCAUCAAAUUACAAGAUAGAGGUGAAAAUAUUUUUGUUUAUUUUAAUUUAUGACGUAGCUGGUCGGUCUUUGGUCUCAUCCGUUUUAGAAAAAAGAUUUUGAAACGUUUGAGAUGCGAAAUAAAAAUGAAGUCGAAA